AUGAGCGAUGUCACCGGCAGGUUCGUGCUGGCCGCGGCCGUCGUGGCGGUGUCGCUUGUGAUGGCGUCGGCGUCGGCGGCGCGGCACGACUACGGGGACGCGCUGUCCAAGAGCCUGCUCUACUUCGAGUCGCAGCGGUCGGGCCGGCUGCCGUACAACCAGCGGGUGCGGUGGCGCGGCCACUCGGGGCUCACCGACGGGCUGGAGCAAGGGGUGGACCUCGUGGGCGGCUACUACGACGCCGGCGACCACGUCAAGUUCGGCCUCCCCAUGGCCUUCACAGUCACCAUGCUCUCCUGGGCCGUCCUCGAGUACGGCGACCAGAUCGCCGCCGCCGGCGAGGGCGCCCACGCGCUGCAGUCCAUCAAGUGGGGCACCGACUACUUCAUCAAGGCCCACACCGCGCCCAACGAGCUCUGGACCCAGGUCGGCGACGGCGACUCGGACCACUACUGCUGGCAGCGGCCGGAGGACAUGACGACGUCGCGGCGGGCGUACAAGGUGGACGCCGAGCACCCCGGCUCGGAGGUGGCCGCCGAGACGGCCGCCGCCAUGGCCGCCGCGUCCAUCGUGUUCCGGCGAGCCGGCGACGCGCACUACGCGCACCUCCUCCUCCACCACGCGCAGCAGCUGUUCGAGUUCGCGGACAAGUACCGGGGGCGGUACGACGCGAGCGUGCGGGUGGUGAAGAGCUACUACCCGUCGGCGAGCGGGUACAACGACGAGCUGCUGUGGGCGGCGCUGUGGCUGCACCGCGCCACCGGCGGCCGCGAGUACCUCGACUACGCCGUCGCCAACGCCGACGACUUCGGCGGCACCGGCUGGGGCGUCUCCGAGUUCAGCUGGGACAUCAAGUACCCCGGCCUCCAGGUUCUCGCCUCCAAGCUGCUGCUGGAGGAGAAGGACCUGAGCUCGGAGUACCGCGCGGUGCUGGAGAAGUUCCGGGCCAAGGCCGAGUUCUACGUGUGCUCCAACAUGAACAAGAACCCCGGCGGCGCCGCCCGCAACGCGCCCCGCACCCCGGCGGGGCUCAUCUUCAUCCGGCCCUGGAACAACCUCCAGUACGUGACCAACGCCGUAUUCCUCCUCACCGUCCACUCCGACCUGCUGGCCGCGCUCGGGGAGCCCCUCCGCUGCACCGUGGACGAGGACGCCGACACCUCGGACACGGGCGGCGAGACGGCGGCGGACGUCGUGGUCAGGGCCGAGGAGGUGCUGGCGUUCGCCAAGGCGCAGGCGGACUACAUCCUGGGCACGAACCCGAUGGAGACGAGCUACCUGGUCGGGUACAGCGACAAGUACCCGCGGCGGGUGCACCACCGGGCGGCGUCGACGGCGUCGUUCGCGGACGAGAAGGGGUUCAUCGGGUGCGCGCAGGGGUUCGACUCGUGGUACAGCGCCGGGGAGGAGAACCCGCACGACCUCGUCGGCGCCGUCGUCGGCGGGCCCGACGGCGAGGACCGGUUCAACGACCAGCGCGGCGCGUACAUGCAGACCGAGGCCUGCACGUACAACACCGCGCCCAUGGUCGGCGUCUUCUCCAGGCUCAUGGAGCUCGACGCGGAGGAGCGGCUACGGGAGCAACGAGACCUGUGA